AUGAAGGCCUACGGUGACCUCAAACGUCGAACAAAGCCUCACAGCCUGAACGCCGGAGAUCAUACUCUCAUUAAGCAGAGAAUUCAAAACAAGGCAAGCCCUCAGUCCUGUAGACGAUCCUAGAUGCUAAAGGAUCUAAGAUCACUGCUAAGAGAACAACUGAUCAGAAACUAUUCACCCGUAGCUCCUUCUUCAAGAAACUGCCAAAUCUACUGGAGGAAGUCAUCCAAGAAUCCAUUCCAGUACCUUAGGUGGAACUACAAGCCCCUGCUUGAUUUUAAUGGACUAGAAACCAUUGAACACUCUCAAAUGCCAGCAACUCAAGAGCAGUUUAGUCAAGCUACCCCAAGUGAAACCAGCCCAGUGAAAGACAACCACCUGCCUAGCACAGUACAACAAGCAACCCCAUCAUUACCAGCCCACUUCUUUCGUGGUGGAAGGUGA